CUCCUCCUCCUCCUCCUCCUCCUCCUCCUCCUCCUCCUCCUCCCAUCAAUGGCUCAAUGCCUCCACACAUGCCUUAUCCUUUCUAUCCAUAUCCUCCUCCGGGUGGACCACACGGGCCGCCAGGCCCAUAUAAGCCGCGCGAUCUGUACGACCUAUAUAAUUACGGUGGAGCUCAUCGAGGACACCCAGGACCGCAUGGGCCUCGAGGACCUCACAGGCCUCCUGGCUUUCAUGAGCCAUACGGUCAUCAUGGCCCGCAUGGUCUGCAUGGUCUGCAUGGUCCGCAUGGUCCGCAUGAUCCACAUGGUCCGCAUGGCCCGCGUGGCCAGGCUGGUCCUCAUGAUCAAUAUGGUUCUCGUGCUCAUGAUGAACAUUAUGGCCCAGGGGGUCCACGUGGCCCUCACGGACCUCAUGAUCAUCACGGUCCUUAUGAUCCACAUGACGCACGUGACGCGUAUGACUCUCGUGGUCAUGAAUCAUCCAGGUGUCCUCCCCCACGUGACCUGCUUUCUCGUGCUCCAGAUGGUGUCAAGCAUGUAUCGCUCUUGGAGAGAACGGGCUCUUCUAAAGAGACCAACAGACUAUCGCCCUUUAUGUACGGCCGUCUGAGCACACUUGAUUAUCACGAAGAAUCAACUCCCUUGGAAAAAGGGGCUUCAGAACACACCAAAGAAUCGCAUCGCCUUCAUCAUGGCGCUGGUGGACUUCAUCAGCCAUCGGCCUUUCGCGGUUCUCAUUCGACUGAUGUACAUGUAAGACCCAAUCAUAUGCGCAGUGAUUUCGAAGAGUGCCACAGAGAAAAGGACCAAACCCCAAAACACGAGGAUAAGAACCUCAGAAACGUGUCAGACGUGGACCGAGAGCAAUACCCUCGCGAUUAUGGUCCUCCAGGUCUUCAUGAAUACCUUGAUCCACACAGAUAUUCAACUGAUGGUGGCUCUACAAUAUCUCGAAGAUCACGUGAAUCAUCGAGUUCUGCGUCUGCAAUAAACCUAGAUGGUCAAACUCGUGGCUCGAGCAAGAACAUGGAUAUUCCGAAAAAUAAAGUCCAUCCACUGGGUCACUAUAGUCAGCAAAAUGAUUCCCCCAGGUGGAUGACGAGUUUUGGUGAUAAUAUGAGUAGCUCACUUCGCAACGCAGCUGGAAAUAGCAAGCUUCCAUGGCCGGAACACAAGGAAAACCCGACCAUGGAAAAUGCAGCCACUGCUCCAUCCUAUGCCUCGCUUCCAAGUACAAGAUCUCCGUCGCCUAAUUCGUCUCGCCCAAGCGAUACUUAUGCUACAAGCCGUGUGGGCAAGGACCACGAUAAAACUUUUGGGACACGAAGAAAGACACAUUUCAAAUCAAGCGAUCUCCUAGAAAAUGACCUCCCGCCAGAAGAAACUCUACUCAGUGCUAUUGACUUUUACUAUGUAAAUCUUCACCCGAAUUAUUUGUUGCUUCCUCCCAAAGCUCAACUAUUCAAGUGGUUCCUGCCAAGCUCCGAGAGUUCAAUCUAUCAUGCUAUAUUGGCAAAUGUCUGCAAUAAAAAGAAAUUACCAGCCGACCCAAGGGAAUCAUUUUGGAUUGACAACAUGUUUCGACGUUGGGAUGAUCUCAAUGACUUCGGCAUGCUUCUUUGUUACGGUCUUACUUGCCGAGCAUUUAGCGUCAGAAGUAAUUCCAAAUCAUUGUCUGCAUAUAUGAGUAACAUAUCUCUCAUUGUGGAGAACAAUCGCUUUUUCGAAACAUUGCAGAUUAAACGUGGAGAUCUCAACCCGAGAAAGACAUAUGAAAGAGAAUGUGUAAUUCGCGUGAUAUGGGGAGUAUGGAGCAUACAAACAUUGGAGAGGCUAAGAGACGGUUAUCCAUAUGCACCAGCUCAAACAGACUUUUACGCGAAUAGCAUUGGGAGUUUGACUUUUGCUGAAAUUUCUGCGAGCAUUCCUCUCCCCUUGUCUAGCACUUCAUUUAACGAGCUAGAUGACUCACGCAGAUUGACUUGUGAGUCUCUCAUUGCUAACAAUAUGGAUGAUGUGAACUGUGUCAUCAAAGCUAUUCUGAUGCUCAGAAACACAUUAGAUAGAGUUGCAUCUGGAGAAUUCAUUCAGAACGAAAUUGUGAAGGACAAAGCAUUUGAAAAUGUGUUGAGGAAUGAAAGCUACUCAAUAAAAACUGGAGUCAUCAUUUUGAAUGCUUGCUGUGUGAAAGCUAAUAUGAUUUGGCGAUGCUCGAAUUUGACCCAGAAUCUCUAUUUCAUGAAAAACGUGAUGUUAUUUGAUCGCUUGAUGGUUCUGGAAACUACAUCGAGUGGAACAUCUAAAGUCGCAUACCCAAGAAUCGACUUUAUAAGACAACUAUCUGAAAGUGAUUUGAUGAACUUGGAGCAAUUGGGGAACAAUAUUGCCAAUAUGAGUGAAUUCCAGUGGGGACGCGUCUUGGAUAUGAUGAAUGAAAUCAAGCAGAUAUUUGAGAUUCUACUUCUACAUAUGGGUGUGAGUCCCCUCAACGCCGAAGCUAACACUCCUGUUCAUUACUAUACCCACACGUUCUCGAUCAAUCACCUAGAGGAGUAUGAACAUGCUGGAAAUGAAGAAGAUGCUUUUCUCAAAGGUAGUGAGGUUCUUGAUCUUUGUCUGAGCAUUCUUAUCGCGCUCACUGCAAGUUUCAUCAUUUUACGAUGUUUCGCCCAGAUUACCAAAGUUGAAGGCGGAUACAAGGUGCUCCAUCUCAAGCACUCUACUAGGAGCCCUGUUUUCUUGCCAAGUACCAAUUUCCCCGAUGUCGCUCCUUUCUUCGAUCAUGCCUGGCUUGCUUCUUGUUUUGAGAAAGCCGCACGCGUGCUCAAAUUCCGUCUACAACACUGGGCGAGUGACGAAUUUCAACUUGAAACAGUGUCGAAUAUUCAUGGAAUCGGCCAUUGUAUGGAAGUGAUUGUCGAACGUCUCAAAUAGAUCAUUCAAUAGCCUCAAUUAAUAGCGAGUUGCAAAGGCCAAUUAUUACUUUACCAAGGCGCGCCAUGUUAUAAAUACUUGGGACUACUUGUUGAUAUCGUCAACACUGUAGUGUAGCAUUUGCUCACCUAGAGAGAGUGGACAUCUUCUUCCAGCCCCCAAGAGCCUGUUUGUUCCUCAUAAGUGUUCUACAGUAUCUUCGCUAGUAUGUACCCAUAUACCAUACGGGAGGUAAGAUAAUACCGAAAUGAUAUGCGCGACGCCCACUAUACUCUUAUCGGAAGCAAAAUUAUUACAG